UAAAAAUCGAUGCGAAGUAACGAGAGUAUAAUACGAGAUAUCGAAUUAAUCGUGAUAAAUAAUCGUUUCGUGUAUAUAAUUUUAUCAAUAAUAUUCAAACAAAGAUGGAAAAUUCAGAAAUGAAAGAAUUUUCGAGUAGAUGAUCGUAUAAAGUGUGUGCGAUAAAGUGAAAUAAGAAAAUGAAUCUAAUUAAGCAACAGAAUAAUUUCCUUUUCCUGGAUUAUCGAAAACAACGGUGUCGUUAACGAUCCAACGAUUAUAACGUAUCUCCGAUAAAAUUUUAAAACCGAUUUGUUCGGCCAAUAAUUGAUUAUAACCCGACGUAAAGACACCCCCUAUGGCUGCUAACUUCAUAGUUCUUGCUGCUUGUAUGAAUGCACGUAAUAGUGCUGUUUCAACGCCUUUAUUUUUAUAGGUUGGAUGAACACAGAGUAUGUAUAUGCGAAAAUAAGAAUCUUGUUUAAAUUUAACGUAAACAUCGGAUUGAUUCGUGACUUCGUUGAUUAGAAGUAUUAUAUCUUGUAAAGAUCGUCCUAAAGAUUUCUUCGUGGAGGAACCAAUAAGUACAGCUAUUGAUUUGUUGGACGAUUUGAUGUCGGUGAGAACUUCUAUUAAAAUGAUACAAAAGAAGUUGUCGGAAAUGCAAAGUUAUUGCGCCGUUCAGGAAGGUGAAAAUAAGAUCAUAGGGGUUAUCGUUGCGUCGAUUAAUUUUAUGGGAGAUCACGUACGAAAGGAAACACGAAUAAAAGAAAAUCAAGGAGAAGCAAUCUUCAAUAUAAUGAGUCUUAGAAGUUGUGUUUUUUCUAAAGCACGUCCUUACGAGAUAUUACAAAUCGAUAAAUAUUUUCGCAUACAUUUAUUGUUAGUACACAUGAAUCAUCGGAAAAAAGGUAUUGGAACGGCUUUAAUUAAAUGUUGUAUCGAACGUGCAAGAACUCUUUUAAUACCAGCUUGCAUAGCAGGAUUUAGUUCUGUUAUUAGUCAACAUAUGGCACGUAAAUUGGGAUUUAAUUUACUCGCCGAAGUAAUGUACAAAGAUUUUAAGGUAUUCAACGACGAAAUGCAAUGUUUCGAAUAUCCGUUCGAAGAUUCUACCGAUCAAAAUAAAUCAUUGGCUUGUAUGGCUCUAUCGAUCGCGUUACCAAUAGAUCAUUCACAACGAUCAGCAUCGAUAAUUUCGAAGAAGGAAAAUACAAAUGAGAAAAAAAAUCGAAAAAAAUCGAAAAGAAAAUGAUGAUCCUAUAGAGGGAUGUAAAAGUAAAAUAAUUUCAAAGUAACGACGAAAUAAAGAAAAGGAAAAG